GCGUCUCCCUUCGGCCGCAUUGCCAUGGCGGCCCGUGGUGGCGUCGCUCCCGCCGCUGACGGGCUGCGCUACGCCGAGUACUCGCCGCCCUCGACCAAACGACCUGACGCAGACAUUGACCACGGUCAGGCAAGAAGUUUGAUAGCUGUAGGACUGGGUGUUGCAGCGCUUGCAUUUGCAGGUCGCUAUGCAUUUCAGAUUUGGAAACCUCUACAACAAGUAAUCACAGAAACUGCAAAGAAGAUUUCAACUCCUAGCCUUUCAUCCUACUAUAAAGGAGGAUUUGAACAGAAAAUGAGUAGGCGAGAAGCUAGUCUUAUUCUGGGUAUAAGCCCAUCUGCUGGCAAGGCUAAGAUUAGAACAGCUCACAAGAGAAUCAUGAUUCUGAAUCACCCAGAUAAAGGUGGCUCUCCUUACUUAGCAACCAAAAUAAAUGAAGCAAAAGACUUGCUAGAAGCAACCACCAAACAUUGAUUGAUGCUUAAGAGCUACUUUGAAGGGAAAAAAGGGUAACUUGAAAAAGAAACGUCUGCGAAUGAAUCUAAACCACGUUCUUCUUAAUUUUCAUGUGUACUGACCACAAUCAUUUAUUCCAUGAUUAAGCUAUAUAAUAAUAAAAGAUUAAUAAUCUUAGUAUUAGCAUUUAAAUGAACUCCUUAAAAUUUUAUGACUGCUCUUUUUCCCUUGUUUCCUUUUCUUUGUAAUUUUCAUACAUCUCAAGAUUUUCAUGGUUAGUCCUAAAUUCUUUCCCUACUCCCCAACUUUUCUUUGCUCCACAAACUGAUGCAAAAAUAAGAUAAUCAAUAAUGUAAUUGGGAUGUGUGACCAGUGAGUAGAAAUUUUUUUCCUGCUUAUUAUAUUUAUACUUGCAUCACCCCUUGUUUCGUCAGAGGAAUUUAGUACUCUGCCUAUAGAAGGUGCCUUAAGUGUUUUGAGACCAAAUACUGACAGCCACCCCUUGGGAAAAUGGUGUUUUUUUGAAGUCAUAGUUAGGAGUUAUUGAAGAACUCUGCUCUCUCUGAGACCCUGUAGCUGAAGCAUUGGAGAGCUACUAAAAUGAUUAUAAAGAUUCACAAAAUGAGCCCUAUGAGGAAAGGCUGAAAAGAACUGGGAGAAAUCUGAAGACUUUAUAUUUAAUUAGUCUUCUGGUACUGUAUGUUUAUAUAAUA